UCGUCUUGUACGCGUCUCUGUAUUUUGGCAAUAACGAGAUGAAGAAAUCGUGAUUGCAGUUAUAAAAAUAAGUAGUAUCACAUUGGAGAAACGGUGAAGAUCGACAACGGAGACUUCUGAGAGCUAAAUAAAGAAAUAUGUGGAAAAUUACUUUAAAUGACAACCAGUUAACCCGGAUGUUACUUUAAAUGACAACCUGUUAACCCGGAUGUUUAUAUAUAAAACACAAGAGCCGACUUCACGCAUGACUUCAACAACCUCUGGAAGUGCUGUUGGACUACGUGUUCGAAUGCGAACUCCAGCUUUCGUACUUGUCUACUUCCCUCAAGACAAGACUACAACCAUAGUUCCAAAAAGAAAAGUCGAAGGAUGGAUUACUCCUGGGAAGAAAAUAGAAAUCAGGGCCGGGAAGGACAAGUUUCAGGGCACCGUCAUUGCAGCUAAUGAUAAUAAUGAAACUUUGGAAUCACACAGAGUAGAAUUUGAGAAGGAGUGUUUUAAAGGAAAUAAACAAGUCGACGAAGAAGCUGUGAAAAGAUUCAUCACAAAAUCAGGUGCUAUAAUAGAGGAUCCAGAUUCUGAACCAGAUAGUAUCAAGAGAAGAAAAGUUGUGUCAUCUUCAAAGCAUCAAGGGAAGAGAGCUACAUCAGAUCGACGUGAUUCCGAGGAAAAGCAAGAACCUUCUUCCACCAGCAGUCAGAUAAACGGAACUUCUGAAGCAAAUGGUUUUUCAAGAAAACCUGAUCCAAAGAAAAGGCCUCUAACGGAAGAACUCGUAAGAUGGACGGAGCAGGAGAUAUCUCAUACUGGUUCCAGAAAUGAGGCUACAAGUCCAUUGACGGUUGAUUAUUCAAAAGAUGAUAUAACACCUAGUAAUGGAAUUAGGGAAAAUGAUCAUAGAAAUAUUUCUUUACGGAUUCAACCUAGAAAACGACAUUUCAGGAAAUACAUUCCAGUUCGUCAACAGUACCAGCAUUUAUUAUCAUCCUCAUCAUUAUCUAAAUAUCCAGUUAGGUCUUAUGUUGCUGGGUCUAGUCAAAAAAGUGUAAAAACCAAUGAAACAGUACUUAAACAAAAUCCUGUUCAAAGUGUAGAAAAUACAACACUUUCUUCUCAGGAUAAACCAACUCAGCCUCAAAGAAGUUACAGAAGAAGAAGAAAUCUGAAUUCUCAAGAUCAACAUACAAGUUUUCAGAACCUUUCUUCCAAUUCUCAAGUUCGAUCGUUUACGUCAUCUUUCAGUGAUGCUUCACCUUACCAGGUCAGUAAUCCUCUUCAGUCUCCAGGUCCAUCUAUUUCUGUUACUCCAUCUAUGCCUCAAGGUUCAGCAGCAGCUGCUGUACAUUUACACUGCAGUUGUGGCUCACAACUCGGAGAGGUUAUGCAAGAACUGAAGAACAUUCGAGGAUUAUUGGAAAUUAUUAGAUGUGAUCUGAAGAAGCAAGAAAAACAGUCUUUGUUAGCAGUAGAUGUACAUCCUCAUUGUAUUACCGACUCACCCCAGUUUUGUACCAGAGGACAAAGGACGAUGCCACCUUUCUCUGAACCUCACCAUCUAGUAAAUGAAAUACAGAAACAAUCACUAUAUGUAAGAAAUCAGUUUUCCGAUCUUCCCAAUUUAACGAUAGAAGAACCUCUUGACUUAGAGAAAGAUGAUACUCUUCUUAAUGAACCCUCUGAUAAUGAAGAGACUGUCGAAGUAGACAGAUAUCAAGUUCAGCACAUAAAAGAGAAUUGUGACAAAUCCCAGAAGUCUCAUCAACUGAAGAAAAUGGGAGGAACAGAAGAUGAAGAGGUUCGAGAUCAGCAUUCUGGAGCUCUCCCCGAGAAGCAAUAUGAACUUAGUGAAAAGGAACUUGAAGAAAUUUUGGCUAAUUGUAAUUCACCUCAGCAUUUUGCUGUUUUCUUGAUGAGAAAAAUAUUUACAGAGACAGAAAGAUUAUCUGGCAACGUGAAUGGAUGUGGAAAACCUCCUUUGAAUCCUGCUAAAAUCAAGUACAUCAAGCAUCUUAUUGAGAAGUUCUACGAAUUUGACAAGACUGAUCAAAGUGUUUGGAAGAUGUGUGUGAAAGCUAUUGAUUCUGCAAACAGAAAUUUUCGAAACAGGGGUGAAAUUAUUAAAAGAAGAGCAGCUAAAAAGGCAGCAACUAAAGGUGGACCAAAAUCCAUUUAGGAAGGAAGUGUGUCAUGGUAGCUUCAGUUUUUAUCCUGAUCGGAUUGAGAUAAUCCUGCCAUUUAGAAAGGAAGUGCGUCAUGGAUAAUCCUUGUGAGGACUAUCAUUAUGGUGAAGUUCUGUCACUGGAACUCCGUACCAGAUCUUGUCAUAAUUACACGUGGAAUACUAUAUUUUGUAACCUGGUAACUAGUUCCAUUAUCUUUUGUAUUAUUUGGCAGUUCCAUUUGAACAGUGCAUGAAGACGAACUGUUAACUUGCAGAAUGCACCGUAACCUCAGGUCUUGGUAGAGGUAUUUUUUAAAGGAGGAUUUUACCACUGGUCAUCAGAAGUUUAUUGUGCUGUUACGAUAUGAACACAUUGCAAAAUAUAACUUAGUUUCUUCCUUCCAUUUGUCACAAACGUGUAUGUGAUAGCAUUCUUUAUAAUGAAGUCAUUUUUCUGACCAUGAUUUUCUAUGCGGGAUAAACGUCCGUUAAGACUCUAACUUUGCCCACGUAUCGCAUUUCCCCUCUCCAUGUUGUUCUUACAUCGUGAUUGUUUACUGGAGUAAGCGUGUUCAAAAAUCACUUUCGUUCGAUAACAAACUUGUGUGUAACCAAAUUCUCGAUAAAAUACGUCUUAUAACUGGUUGUGUGUGUUUUGAGAUAAAGUCGUAAUAUAGGCGGCAUUUAAAUGACGUGUUUUAUACUUUAAUAUUUAUAGCAAGAUAAAAAAAAACUUUUUAUUGUUUUGUGCUACUAUUUAGCUAUUUAAUCUGCCAUAGGAAGUUUUUUUGUUUAAUAAUGACAAAUAAUAAAGCUGAAACUUGA